CCCGGCCACCGAGCUCUUCGCAGCGCCAGCAGUCGCUCGCGGAGAGACUGGGGCUUACAGGGGCAGUAGGGGUCAGCGGAACGAUGGAGAUCAGAACGCCGGAGUGCGGGUGCGAUGGAGGGACUUGAACCCCCAAAUCUGGGGCCCCGGGGGCGAUGGUCUCGAAAAGAGUGUGAUGCCGAGAUUUGACUGUAGAGGGUGGGAACCUUCCAGGUUCUCUAAAGCACUCACCUCACGGUGCUCUGCUCAUCUCCGACGGGGGUUAGUGGCAUCUGCCUCCAAGUGGCUCGUGGAUCCCUUUCUCCUUCCGACUCCAGGCUUGGCUCCGCAGUCCUGUGACCGACUGCUCCGGCUCUGAGCGCCUCCCAGGUCGGGGCCGCGAUCCUGUGUCUCCCCUCUCAGAGCAGUGUGGCCCCGGGGACAUCCAACCUUUGGUGCCUCAGGUUUCUCCCUCAAGUGUUUGGUCGCCUGCGUUGCCGUUCUUCUGUCCAGAGGUCCCUAGCCCGAGUUCCUCCAGCUCUGCCUCCUUAACUCCCUGACCUUGCCUAGGAGGAAGAAGAGAUGACCACUUCCCAGGAACCUGUUACAUUCAAGGAUGUGGCCAUGGACUUCACCGAGGAGGAGUGGGGGCAACUAGACCCUGUACAAAGGGCCCUGUACAAAGAGGUGAUGCUGGAGAUCUAUGGCAACCUGGUCUUAGUGGGCAAGAAACUUUACGACUGUGCUGCAUGUGGGAAGAGCUUCAGUCGGAGCACAGAUCCUCGCUAUCAUCAGAGAAUUCACACCGGAGAGAAACCUUUCAUAUGUGAUACAUGUGACAAAGCCUUUAGUUAUAACACAAACCUUCAUGUUCAUCAGAGAGUCCACACAGGAGAGAAACCUUUUAAGUGUGAGGAGUGUGGCAAGGGCUUCAAUCAGAGCUCCAAUCUUCACAUCCAUAAGAAAGUGCACACCGGAGAGAAACCUUUCAUAUGUGAUACAUGUAGCAAAGCCUUUAGUUAUAACACAAACCUUCGUGUUCAUCAGAGAGUCCACACAGGAGAAAAACCUUUUAAGUGUGGGGAGUGUGUCAAGGGCUUCCAUCAGAGCUCCAAUCUUCGCAUCCAUAAGAAAGUCCACACCGGAGAGAAACUCUACAAAUGUGGUAUGACCGUUAUCAAUCUGUUGCCUCUCGACUCCAAAUCGGCCCUUCAUUACCUGCUCUGCAAUAGUAGGAGAGCCCCUCGAAGCAAUUCUCCUUUGCAGUGAGAACAAUACCGAGCCAUGUCAGUAGAUGGUGCUGGAGGGACACUGCAGGAGGAAGGCGCGUCCCUUCCCUGGCCCAAGGUGCUUCUGUUGGCUUCUCCUCCUCUGACUGAGACUGCUGCCAGAGAUGAAUGCAUGGGGACAUCCUUUGCACAGCCCCAGCUAUGCAUCA